GCCUAAGAGAGGCGGGGGCUAGCGAGGCCUCCGCUCUGCGCCGGAAGUUCUUAAGGACGGACUGUGUAGCCUUUUGGGAGGGAGGGCUCUAUGUUCUUCAGGUGUGGCGAUCCCGGGCGACUCUGGGUGUCCCGCCAUGCAGAGUCACUUCGUGCUGGAUGGUGCGCGACUCGGGUGCUAGACCUGGUGCAGCGCUGGGACGAGGUCGCCGCGGAGCAGCUGGUCUACUGCGUGGCCUGCUGUCCUCCCAGCCCUUCAGUUUCCAGAGCUGUGCGGGGUGCCACGGCUUGGGAAGCAUGACGACCGAGACCUUCGUGAAGGAUAUCAAGCCCGGGCUCAAGAAUCUGAACCUUAUCUUCAUUGUACUGGAGACAGGCCGGGUGACCAAGACAAAGGACGGGCACGAGGUUCGGACCUGUAAAGUGGCAGACAAAACGGGCAGCAUCAACAUCUCAGUGUGGGACGAUGUGGGCAACCUUAUCCAACCUGGGGACAUUAUCCGACUCACCAAAGGGUAUGCUUCAGUGUUCAAAGGCUGUCUAACACUAUACACUGGUCGUGGGGGCGAUCUGCAGAAGAUUGGAGAAUUCUGUAUGGUUUAUUCUGAAGUUCCUAACUUUAGCGAGCCCAAUCCAGAGUAUAACACGCAGCAGGCCCCCAACAAAUCGGUGCAGAAUGACAACAGCCCUACUGCCCCACAAGCUACCACAGGACCCCCUGCUGCCUCUCCAGCUUCUGAGAGCCAGAAUGGGAAUGGACUGAGCACCCAGCCAGGUCCUGUUGGUGGCCCCCAUCCCUCUCACACCCCCUCACAUCCCCCCAGCACCCGAAUCACUCGAAGCCAACCCAACCACACGCCUUCCGGCCCUCCUGGCCCCUCCAGCAACCCUGUCAGCAACGGCAAAGAAACCCGCAGAAGCAGCAAGAGAUAGCAAGAGAUGAGUCCUCUCCUUUCUUCCACCACAACCAUGACCCAGGCGUCUCUGCCAGAGAACAAGACAGUCUCCUAUUAGGCUGCUGGCUUUGGGAUUAGAGGGUGAAGUAGCUGUGUUUUAGCCACUAAAUUUCCUUGGAGGGGUGGUAAGCGGUGGCCUAAUCCACCUCAAACUCACGUACCCCCCCCCCUUGUCCUGCUGAUGCUGUCUGUCCCCUGGGAUUCAGGGUCCUCUGCCUGCCCUCCUUUGGAAAAGACAGUCUGUUUUUUGUGUGGGAUCUGAGGGUCUAACUGAAAUCCCUCCUUCCUAAUAAAUGUACCCACUCA